AUGGGCGUUUACGGCUAUGACUACGGCGCCCGCUCGCCCCCGCCGGGCUCCUACUACAUCGAGGACGUGCCGCAGCACUUCUACAAGUGGACCUCGCCACCCAGUGUGGUGAGGAUCCUGGAGGCCGUGGUCAUCCUGCUCUGCAUCGCCAUCUUUGCCUGCGUGGCCUCCACCCUGGCCUGGGAGUACGGCUACGGCUUCGGGGGGGCUUACGGCAACGGGUUGGGGGGCUUCUAUGGCUCUGGCUACUACGGCAGCGGGCUGAACUACGGCUACGGUUACGGGGGCUACUACGGCGGGGUCACCAACCCGCGGGCGGCCAACGGCUUCAUGAUCGCCGUGGCUGUGCUCUGCUUCCUGGCCCAGCUGGGGCUUUUUGUCGCCAGCGUCAGCAAAUCGAGCAGCUCCCGCUCCCGUCGCUUCUACCUGGUGGUCAUCGUGGUCUGCGCCGUGCUGGCCUUUGUCAUGCUCAUCGCCUCCAUCGUCUACAUCGUGGGGGUCAACCCCCAGGCACAGAUGACUGGCAGCUACUACUACAACCCCUUGCUGACCAUGUGCAGCCAGAUAUACAGCAGCAGCACCUACCUGAACCAGUACCUCUACCACUACUGCACCGUGGACCCCCAGGAGGUGAGGGUGCACCCCAGCUCCGGCCAGACCCCCCCUCUUUGA